CUUUGCUGGCCCCAGGGAGCCUGAGGAUCUCCUACAGAGCCACAGGAGCUGUUCUGUCCUACCUUUCUUUGCAGCUGUAUCUGUUAAUGAAGGUGAUCUGGCUUACCAUCCCAUGUCCAGGACUGAGCCUCUGGGAUCCAGGAGCUAUUCUCUGGGAGAUGGUGAGGGUAGGUCAGGGCUUUUCCCUCUGGGAGAGCUGCCAGCUCAGAGCCAAAAGGUCAGCCCCAAGAAAUGGGACUCAUGCACCAACAUCACUCCCUCUGCAGCUGCUCGCGGAGCUGGCACUGAGCGCCCAGAGGCCCAAGGCACAGGAGCGGCUCCGAGUGGGAGCCCUGCCAUGAGCUCAGGGCCACAGCCAGCCCUGGCUCCCAACUGGGCAGGGCCUGCACGGGCUCCUGACAGGGCCUGGCUCUGUCCCCUUGGGCUGGGGGAGCUGUCACAGGGCAGGGAGGGUCAGGGGUGGCAGUGGCUGCUCAGGGAUGGCUUUGGCCUGAGUCCCUGGAAGGAGCCACUGCCCAAGCAGCUGCGCUGUCCCUGGGCUCUGCUCCCGGCCUUCUGGGCUUUGUUGGGUGGCACAGCCUGUGCCAAGGGGCAGCAAGGAGCCUGCAGGCCCCAGCUCUGGGGCAAACAGAGAACGUCCUGGACAUACCCAGCGUGCUGCCAGCUCAGCAGCGGAGCACAGCACAGGCUCACACUGCCCAUUGCUCCCACAGAUGCAGCCGGCACCACAACUCAUGUUUCUGAUUCCCAGAAGGGCAUUGAAACAGGUUUCUGUCAGGGAACACUCUGUUGGCUAGAGAUAACGGCCAUGGUGGCUGGUGGAGAGCUUGUCAUCAUGUUGUGCUGCUUUGGUGUCUGGUAUGCCUGGAAGAGAAAACGGCACCUCCUUGAAGCAAAGCUGAAAGCUGGUGGCUGGUCCCGAGACCUCUACAGCCAGAAGAGCUACAGCAGCAGCUCUGACUCUGAUGAGUUUAUAUUCGCAACUUCAAGCCUUUUGAUGCUUUGAGGGGACAGGCCCAGCCCUCCAUCCAAGCCAAAAUUCCCCAGGAAAUGAACUGGAAACCUUCAACUGAACCAUGACUGAUAGCUGCCAAACUCACGUCUUCUGUUCCAAUAAAUAGAUGUAGCUCCCACCCCAUUGUCCAUGUACUACCACUAGCAAAGCCCACACAGCACCAGCCCUGGCUGAGCUCCAUGUCCAGGAGCUGCCAGGGCUGACCACGGUGUGGGCAGGCAGGAGCCA